AGUCGGUCACACAUCACUGAAUGCUUGCACAUGCACACCCGUUUAUUCUUGCCGCGAUCAAUAAACAGAUCCCCUUUUUCCUUUCUUUUAAAUCAUCUCUUUCAGCAUAAGUAUCGAAAUUCUCAGGAUGUUUCUGUCUGGUUCUAUCGCUGGCCAGUUAUGUGCACUAUUCUACAGAAAAUGGAUUGCUUACUACACAACGAACUAACCCCUCCUCCCCCCCCCACUUCUUGACCCAGACAGGAAAUGACUCAACUGGUUAUCCCUUUAAACUUUUUAGCAAUAUUUCCCCCUUUUCUUUCUCACCUUCUCUUCUUCUUCUUCCUUUCCUUUACC